GGAAAACGAAGCCGAUAUCAUCCUGAUGCGGGAACCACAUUCUUCCUCUGGCAGGCUCAAGUAAUAAACACUGGAGACAAUCCAAUGACCGCAUUAGUAAUAAUUGACAAAUUAAUCCAAACAGUCAUAGAUCAACAACGUACUUCACACAUAAUGGCUGUGGAAGUUAAUCUGAUGAAUACCAAUUGGUAUUUAGUAAAUAUUUGCUGUCAGUUUAGAGAACAUAUAACCCCAUUUCUAGACCAUCUAUCUCAGGUUGUGAGCAGAUUAGAAGAGAAGUUGGUGAUAAUAGCAAUGGACAGUAAUUCCAAAUCACCACUGUGGUACAGUCAGCCACAAGACCCUCAUGGCACAUUUGCAGGUGGAGAACCUGCCGGGUAAUCCACCAACCUAUAGAAGCAGAGCAGGAGUUGCAUCAGAUAUAGAUGUAACCCUAACCACUGAGAAUGUUAGAAAUAGUGGCAAACUGGCGUGUAUUAGAUGGACUGACCACAAGUGACCACAACCUAAUUGAAUUUUCAGUUGUAUUGGGAGGACAACAAAUGACUGAUAACUGGAUCUUACAGUUAGACUAUGGGAGAGCCAACUGGGACCUGCUAGAGGAGGAGUGUUCUCCUCCAGAGCUGGCUGAACAAGAUUUUGAUGUGGAUCAGGCAGUUGAGGCAUUAGUUGCCUCUAUAAAGGCAGCUGUCGCCAUAGCAGUACCAACAAAGAGAAGGUAUAUCCGCAGAGCAACUGCUCCAUUGACUCUGGAGCUGUCUCGGAUCCAACAGUCUAUGAGAAAGGCUUGGCACCAUUACCAAAGGGCCUUCAUCCAGGAAUAAUUACAGCAGACUAAAAAGGGCGUUUCAUGACCCUCUGACCAACCACCAAAACAAAAGUUGGGAGGACUUUGUCAGUGCACAUUUGGUGCUUGACCCAUGCGGACUCCCGAGUGUAACUCUUGAAUGUAAUGGAUGUCUGUUGUGUAUUGGCAAAUUAAAUGCGCUUGCUGAAACCUAUGUGGCGGAAAGUCAGCUGCGGGGUUACGGAUAGCCUCCGUGAGGGGGCGAUGGUCUGUGAAAAUGGUUAUAUUCCUUUCUUCGAUGUCUGUGCAGAAAUAUUUUACAGCUUUAUAAACUACAAGACAAUUCUCUGUCAAAUGCUGACCAUUUACGUCGAGCUGUAGAUAGUUUUUUGGAAAAGAAACAGAGUGGUUGUGUCGUGUCAUUGACAUGCGGUUGGAGGUCUGCACCGAUUGCAAAAUCACUUGCGUCCGCUGUGGUAGAGAUGCAGGCAUCUGGCAAAGGGUGGGCGAGAUUGACACCACAUGCUAACGUUGAUUUAAGGUCUUCAAAAGCUCUCACCAUGUUGUCAGACCACUGCACUCGGCGACUGCGCGAGGUUUGUUUCCCGACCAGUGCAUCAGUCAAAGGGGCUUGAAUUGCUGCUGCCAUUGGCAGGUUACGAUGGUAGAAAUUGACAGUUCCUAAAAACCGGCUUAAUUCACGAAACAACACUGCAUUCGCGAUCUACCUCUCCCUGUCAACCCGCUCCUGCAGGGGGCUUAUACCAUCUGAAGAGACGGUGUACCCCAAAAAAGUGACAGCAGUGAAGCAGAGUUGUGACUUGUCAUUAUUGAUCUCAUCUCCGAUACGUGUCAAUAAGUCCUGUAUCGAAACAUGACGACGCGUCGUCGUUUCAUGAUUCGAGGGUCAGCAACUGAUAAAAAAAAAAGGGGCCCCCCCAAGGUCGCGAUGGCGGCGUCACUGUCCCGCUGAGAUAAUUUGUCCUUUUAGGACAAUUAUCUGAGCAAGCACCCACACCGGCAAAAGGUUGCCCGACACGUGCUGUUCGAUAACAUUAUGUAUAUAAAAGAUUCAGUAUAUAAGGGGGCAUGAAAUUGUUGUCUUCACAGUAUGUCCUCUGAAUCCACAGCGAGAACGUCUAUUGUCUCUGACGAGCUGUCAGAAACAAGCUGUAAUGGAGACCCUGGCCGACAUCUUCCAAUCCAUCUUCAAGCUGGUUCAAGCACACAUGACGAAUCCAACGCUGAAAAUCUUUAUUUGGAUAGCUACGAGAUUACACUGCCAGUUGGGAGCAAUCGAUGGACCCUUAGGGACAUACAUAUUCACCAUUUUGAAUUGUUUGACGAACAUCGAAGAUUCCUGUUCACAAUUAUCAUUUGGUUGCCAGAACUUUUGCGAAUAUCUGACAUCUCAGAAAGAUGGUAUUACACUGAUGUCAUUGUCAUCAGAGGACCGGACGAGGUUGAUGAAUUUAGUAGACGAAUUGCUUCUAUCACAUCAGUCUACCCUGGAGAAAUUAUCCUAUGGAAACAUGAUGACGACCACAUCCACCUCGUCCACGAUUUCACAUAUUCCUCUAGACGAUGUAGAUGCCAAUUUAGGGUUGACCCAUUUAUUGCCACCAGAAUUAAGAAAUGUCCUCGACGAAGGCGAGCAAUCACAGCCAUGUCCAACCUCGACUGGUUCAAUAUACUCAUAUAUUUCUUCCUGCAAAAAAGGCCAAGUCGGGGACAAGUUUGGAUUAGAGGAACCCAUAAGAGAGUGCCUGGUGAGUUUGAAAUUGUACAAUGGGUCAGUUUCAUCGAGGGAUCCCUCUCAGUAUUGGAAAGGGAAAACCCUCGAAUUAAUGAUCAGUUGCAACAAGAACUCACCAGAGAUGGCUCACGUAAGUGGCCUCAUACAAAGUGCAAGCCAAUCUCUGACUACCAAAGGUGCAACCCUGAAACGACGGCAAAAAAGGUACUUUCCAUAUUAAUGUCAUACAAUUGCAUACCGCCAGAAAAUUUAGUCAAUGUAAUACCAUCUGCUCAUCCAUAUUUUAUUAAUUUGAUUGACCCUAAAUUCAAACGAUUUUUCGGUAUGGGUUUAGAACUGUAAAAACAUAAAUGAAUUGGAUUUACAUGGUAUAGAAAAUUUAUUGUGUUCUGGUUCUGAAGAUAAUAUUUUUUAUUCUCAUUCAACAAAUGUUUGGGAGUAUUAUUAUACUCUUCAAGAUUCUCUUUCUUGGCUAAAUAAAAUUUUAUUAUUUCAAUGUGAAGAUGAUACUGACGAGGUUACGAAAUUUUUAACUAAUCUUGUAUCUUGGAUUAAUAAGAAAGGAUUGUAUCAAUGGCAAGAAUGUGAAGGUAAAAAUAUAUAUGUACCAAAUAAAAAGUUAAACACAUUAUGUAUUGUUGGUCCACCAAAUAGUGGCAAAAAUUGGUUUUUUGAUUGUAUAAUUUAACUUGGUUUAAAUGUUGGCCA